AUGAAUUCUCUCAUCAGCUUCGUCGUGUUCGUAGUUAUCGCGGUUGUCGGUGUAAACAGCGCAAGGACUGAUAGUAAAGAAGGCAUGGUGUCCUCAUCCUAUGGUGGUGGCUAUAGCAGUGGAUCUUCCUCAUCUUAUUCUGCCCCAGCUCCAGCUGCAGCGCCAUCCUGUGGUGAUUCUUCGUCAUCCUACUCAGCACCAGCCCCAGCACCAGCGGCAGCGCCAUCUUAUGGUGGUUCUUCCUCAUCCUACUCAGCACCUGCCGGCCCAGCUGCCCCAUCAUACGGUGGAGGCUCGUCCUCAUCUUCCUCAUCUUACUCAGCACCUGCUGCCCCAUCAUACGGUGCAUUAUUUGACGAAUAUGAGCGUGUGCGCAUGCUUUACCUAAAGCGUUUCGAAUAA